CAUUUUAGUCAAGACUAUGACUAAAUCUAAAUCAAAAUUUGCUGUCAAAAUUAACAUUGAGGAGAAAGAGAUCCUCAGGACAGAUAAAGAGCUGAUAGCCACCGUGAGGAAACCAGCUGAGGCUGAAGCCUACAAGAUGCAGCAGCUCGCAGAGGCACAGAAGAUAAAGAAGGUGUUGACGGCACAGGCUGAAGCGGAGAAGAUCAAGCGUAUUGGAGAAGCAGAGGCCGGCUCCAUUGAGGCUGUGGGUAAAGCCGAAGCAGAGAAGAUGAGGCUCAAAGCUGAGGCCUAUCAGCAGUAUGGAGAGGCUGCAAAGACUGCCCUCGUCCUGGAGGCUCUGCCAAAGAUUGCUGAACAGGUGGCAGCACCCUUAAGUCGUACCAAUGAGAUUGUGAUCCUGAGCGGCGACGGUGGCCGUGUUAUUGGGGAAGUGAAUCGUCUGUUGGCUGAACUACCUGUUUCUGUAAACGCCCUCACAGGGGUGGAUCUGUCCAAGGUGAAUACAUGUAAACUACAACUUUUCAUGUAA